UGUUGAGUCACUUCUCACCAAGCGUCUAACACACAGCACAGGUUAAAAUGUGUUGUUAAAAAGUCAGACUGACGAAGAACAGACGAUUCUGACUGCCCAUCUCCAGGACCAGCUGUCCACUGUUGACCAGAUUAGAUAACCGAGGAGUGUUUCCUCAAUGAAGCAGCGUCACGACUGCUGUUUUCUGCCCCAGACAAUGUUUAUAUGUCAGGGAAGGAAGAUGACGGCCACACAGUAAACACAAGGUCUUUCAAGAUGAUUUGGACAUUUUUUCAUUUUGGUGCUCUCCUUCUUGGAGCAUUCACAUCCCCAACUCCAUCUCCAUCCCCAACCAGUAGCACUGACGAAGGAGUCUGUCACAUCUACAACUCUGGCCGCUCUGCAGACUGUCUGGGAAGACAGCUUGAAGGUGUCCCAUGGAAACAAUUUCCAUCCACACUGGAGGACAUAGAUCUAUCUUACAAUAAACUUCAAGCUGUCUAUGCUGAGGACUUCCUCCGCCUCCCUAAGCUUCAAAUCCUUAAACUGCGGUACAAUAACAUUUCACACAUUGACAAUGAUGCCUUUAAAAACAACAUACUACUGGAGCAGCUUGACAUCUUCAAUAACUCCCUGCAAGAAAUUCCUGCCACAGCUCUGACUCCUCUCAUGAAUCUAAAGGAGCUCAAAAUGUCCAAUAACCUUUACAAACAUGUCACUUUGGCUGACAGCUUCUCCAAAUUUGUCAAACUCAAAGUUCUCUCUAUGGGUGGCCCUCUGGUGAUGGGUCUAAAGAAAGCGGAUUUUCAGCCCCUGAAAAACAUUAAGUUAGAAGUUUUUGCCAUCAAAUGUUCUUCCAAUCUUAGUUACUACGAGCCUGGAAGUUUAGAAAUCAUCCAGACAAAACAGAUGGGAUUUGAUAUGGCCAUAGAUCAACGGCCAAACGCUCUCCUCCACAUGCUACAUGACCUUGCCAACAAGACCUUCAGCGUCAUCCAGUUCCGCAACCUAUUUGAGUUCAUGUACUACAUGGGAGAUGAGGACAUUUUCCAGGGUUUAAAACACAUCACAGCACAUCAGCUCAUCUUUCACAGAGGUAAAUUCAAUGAGAAUCUCCUGAGGAUGGCUUUAAUAAACUUACAAGUCGCCCCUAUCAAAAGGUUGAGACUUCAGUACAUCGACUUUGCCCGUUCACCCACAUUUGUCAAUAGUGGAGCAGGUUCCAGCAUCACAGACCUGGCACUGGAUAAAUUGGAUCUUUGGUAUAUCAGCAAUCCUGAUGUGCUGCGAUUUGACUGGCGCUUCACCUGGUUCAACAAAAUUAAGGAACUCUCUAUUCAGUACGUGUACUUCAACUCUGUGCCUUGCGAUUCCUGGGUUGAGAUGGAAGGUGUGGAGUUUCUGGAUGUAUCCAAUAAUCGACUACAGAAUGAGUUUCUCUUCAACCAGCAGUGUGAUUACAAGGGCACCAUGCCAAGUCUUCACACCUUUAACAUGAGCAACAAUGACCUGACCAGCUUAAAAGAUUUGUCAUCCCUAACAAGGGAGUUCCAUCAGCUGCAGGUAUUGGAUUUUAGCAACAACAAACUGGGAUCUGCUGAAAACUGUCAGGACUGCAUUUGGCAAAAAAAUAUCACUCGCCUUAUCGCUCACCACAAUCAAUUCAUAAGUGAAGCCCUCUGUUGUCUCCCCACCACAGUGCAAUACUUGGACCUGUCCUACUGCAACCUGGAUCACCUGGACAUAACAUACUUUGAGAAAGCCACCAACCUGAAAGAACUCCUGCUGAGUGGGAAUAAAAUCAAGUUCAUCCCAUCUAAGUGGGAAAGUCCAUCACUGCAGUCACUAGCUUUGGAUGGGAAUUCAUUUGGUCUUAUUAGCAAGGAGUCCUUCGAGGACAUGCCUCAACUCUCUCGCCUGAGGGCAGGGAACAAUCCUUACCAUUGUACUUGUGAGCUCCAUGCUUUUGUCCAGGACACAAUGUCAAAAGGAAAGGUUAACCUCACAGACUGGCCAUGGAACUAUAAGUGUUACCACCCAGAAGCUUUGCUCAACACAGCUAUAUCCAAAUACUUCCCAGGUCAAGUGGCGUGUGAUAUCAGACUAGUUAUCAUCAUCUGUGUUGCGACCACUGCAGCAGUUAUCUUGAUAUUGAUGCUCAUUUGCUAUAUUUUUGACCUCCCCUGGUACACUAAAGCCACGUAUCAGAUCAUCAGGGCCAAAUACAGAGCUCACAAGGAAAAAAUGGCUGGAGAAUUAGGAACUUUUACUUAUCAUGCCUUCAUAUCCUAUUGCCACUCUGAUGCGGACUGGGUGAGGGACCAGCUCUUGCCCUGUUUGGAGAACAACAAGGAUCCCUAUCGUCUGUGUAUUCAUGAGAGGGACUUCAUGCCAGGAAGGUGGAUCAUCGAUAACAUAAUUGACAACAUUGAAAGCAGUCGUAAGGUAAUAUUUGUCCUCUCCCGGCACUUCGUUAACAGCGAGUGGUGCAACUAUGAGCUUUACUUCGCUCAGCAGAGAGCAAUGGGAAAGACCUUCAGUGAUGUCAUACUAGUGGUGAAGGAACCCAUUGAUCCCAGCUCCUUGCCCAGCAAGUAUUGCAAGCUUAAGAAGAUGCUGAGUACCAAGACGUACUUAGAGUGGCCCCAGCAGGUCAACCAGCAGGCAUUUUUCUGGUCGCAGCUGAAGAGUGUUCUAGGCAAACCGACAAUGACCCGAGAUGGAGCACACAGUAUAAAGAGCAGAACAUCAUCUAUAGGAGGCAUUUCUGUGAUUGGGCCCCUCAUAGAUAGGAGGCCAGAUACAGCAACACCUAAUGUAGACAAAGAGACAAAAUCUCAAAAGGAAAUUAUUAACAGGAAUAAUGAUGAGCUGUCAAAUCAGAGACAAAUCCCUGUGGUAGCAUUUUGAGAAAAAAUUAAUAUUGCGCUAAUAACUGCUCACAUUCCUUCAGUAUUGUCUCAGUAAUGGCCUGAACUCAAGUGAACUUUUGUGUGCGGGUUAUAUCAUGCUGGAAGCAAAAGCCAAUGUCUCAUUAUGAUGACAGACAAAAACAUGAUCCCUUUCUGCCUAUGGCACUCUGUCAUGUUAUCCCUGAGGCCAGAGCUGAUGCCCUCUACUCCACACUCCCUCUGAGCUUCUCAGGCCAGUUGCCCUGCUGACAGGCGCUGAAAGGCCACAAACUCAAUGGCUCAAAUGAGAUCUCCCAUGUCGCACUCUGGAUAACAAGCGAGGUGCUAGGAAGAUGUGGUGACAGGAGCCACAUUGAAAAAAGACUGUGUUCUGUUACAUUGUUGGCCCUCAGAGGUACGAGAUCAUGAAUGUUCCAAUUCUGAUACUCCAGGGCCGAGCCAAAGGCCACACAGGCUAUAUUAUAGUUGUUGUGUUUUAGGGAGAUUGGCCCAAAAUCACUAGUGAAUGUUGGUAGAUCAUUGGAUUCAACACUCCAUGUUAGCUUUUGAAUACAGGCAAUGAUUAAGCAUCAUGGUCAGGUAAAUACAAAUUUGAUUGCUAGCAAAUGGCUGUCUUAACUUGAUUUUGUCCAGUUGUCCAACAGUUUCCUAUUUAUAAAACCAAUAUUAGCCAGUACUAACCCAAGUACUAAAGUGUUAUAAAGUAACAUGUGUGCUAGAUGUCAUGAAUGUAAAGUAAUGUUAUAGGCUAAUGUGCAAGUUUUAUUCCAAUUUGUUUGUAAUUUGUUUUAUGUUACUGAUUGAAGCAUACCAUGGACAGUAGGCAAAUGUAAAUACUUUAUCAUUGUUUGUAAGCCUUUUUAUUGUACGAUACUUUGGACAACAGUAGCUCUUAUAUAAGGAUUCAUUUGAGUGAGUUGAGCUCACACUUGUGCCUUGAAAGCAUUUCACAUUCAAUAUUUAGCAGAGGUGGGACUAAGUCAUUACAGAGUAAUGAUAUUUGCACAGAUCAUGUAUGCUUUUAGGAUCUGUAUUUAUUUAUCAAAACUUUUUUUGCAAGAACAUUCUUCAAACACAUUUACAAAAAACAAAUGCAAAUGUAAUUAUUUGCACAAAAAGUGCUGACAUUGUAUAGCAUAUUGCACUAUAACUAGUUCUACAGCAGUUUCUGUCCUGUCUUGUAUUUAUUUUAUCUCAUAUUGUCUGUGUGUGUGUGUGUGUAAGGACGGGUGGUGGGGGGAUAACAACUUCAUGAACAUAACAAUGAACAGGGUUGUGCUUUUUCUAUGUCAGGGCCCUAUGCGGCAUUGCAUUUGCAAAAGAUCAAAUUGGCCAAGAGUCUGUCAGUCAUUUGUGCACGAUGGGGACGUAGUAUAAUGCCACCAUGGCCACUCGGAAGAGUGAAGGAAGAGACUUCAUGUUCAAUGCAACAAGGCCGUUCUAUCCUUCGGCUAUGUCAAGGUGGUGACUUAGCUGUAGUGCUGGAGUGGUCCCAACAAUCAUCAAGUUGCACAGUAUUGCAUUGGUGAUAGCUUUCUGCUGUGAAUGACUCAUGCUGUAAUGCCCUACACGACAGUCCAGGAAUUGUGAGAUUGAAGGCUGUUGUGGUUCAUUUAUGAUGCUUUUGUUCAUCUGGUAUUCUUCAAAUCUGUAAGAGGUAAGCAUAUUAAACAGAUGUCAGAAAAUCCCUUAUAGCCACACAUGAAUUGUAUUUGAAACUACUCUUUGUCUCUUCUGUCAAGUCGAGUCAUCAAAUUCAUGACUCGAGUCUGACUCGAGUCCAAGUCAUGUGACUCGAGUCCACACCUCUGGUAUUUAGUCAGUAUCUGGAAACCCUGACUUUACAUGUAAGGCAGUUUGCAGAGUUUGCAAAUGGCCAGUAGAUGACACUCUUGAACUUGUAGAAAGAAAGCAAGAGUAAAAAGAAAGCAGGAGUACAGACAGUAUGUCAGAAAAUAAUGCUGAAUUGGUAUGUAUUUGCAUUUAUGAUGAGUAAUCAGGCCACACAAGUCCUCACCGCUGUAUAUGUGAAGUAUUUUAUGUAAUAAAUGCACUUUCAGAAUAUAAGGAAUGCUACCAUGGAACACAUGAAAUUACAGUUUUGUUAAAAAAAAUUUUUUUUUACAGUUUUAAAAAACGUUAUUUUAAACGUUUUGUGUCCAGAAUCAGUUAUGCAAAACAGGCAUAUAGUGCCAAAGUGCUUUACAGUGUUCAAUCAUUUAGAGACGCAAUAGAAAUUUACAAUAUAUGCCUGAUUUUAAUUCAUUAUUUCUCUGCUGUAUAGAUGUAAUUUCACUUCUACAAUCAUGACUAAAAGUGUUUUUAUUUGAUUGUACACAAAAUACAUCACCCAUCCACUUCUUGUGGAUCUCAGUUGGUUUGUGGCUUUCUGAAACAUUACUUGUUUCAAGUAGAGACAUUUUUAGUCUUUAAAAUUUGUACAGACACCAAGGUAAAAAGUAGUUAUGCAUAUCAAUGAGAUAUUGUAUAUAUAAUAUUGUUCUGGGUACAUAAGAUACAUUUGUGUUUCUAAUGGAAAGCUGAAUAGUCAAAGAUUACCAAAUUAUCUCAUAACUCCGGUGACCCUUUUUUUCUUUGCAGCGCUGUAUUAAAUGCACUUUACUUUUGAGAAAUGAAGCCCCAAGUUAAAUGUUUAACUAGAAGCAUGCAAAUAUCCAUAAAGCCUUUAUACUGGUCAACUUGAGAUACCAAUGUAAAUCAACCCCAAUGGUUUGCAUUCAGUGAAUAAAGGAUUUUGGUUGCCUGGCCUGAACUUAAUUUGUAUUGCUACUCAAGUUGCACUGUCAUUCAAGCAUAAUCAUUCCCUUAAUUGCAAAUAAGCAUAAGUAAGGCCUAAUAAAAUGAACACAGGCAACACACAGGGAAAAAAGUUAUGGCAGGAAAAAUGUAGUAAUUGCUUCAGCCCAUUUCUUGUAUUAUUUGUCAGUAGCACUGGAGGCAAAUGCCAAAUAGUAAUGAAGACAUUUUGGAGUGCUAUAUUUGGCAUAUUGCACACAGAUAUUCGCAAAGCUCCUAAAGAUAAAACUGUAUAGGUUAACAGAGGUCAGGUCAUAA